GGAGGCACCGCACAGUGUUACCAUUGUCACACUAUUCCGGGCUCGCAGCAUCCUUCCACUUACUCCAUCUCCAGUUACCAUGCAGGAUGACGUUAAGGAGAACGAUGGAAGUUUGUUUGGUGACCCUGACCAAACUUCUCCUGAGAAGAAAGAUGGUAUGAAGUGGCAGAAGCCUCGCUUGACCCGCAGGACUCUGAUGAAAUGUUGUCUGGUUAAAUGGAUACUGUCCAGUACAUCACAACAAGGUCCAGAUAGCAGUGACAGUGAGUUGGAGUUAUCGACAGUACGCCACCAGCCGGAGGGACUGGAACAGCUUCAAGCUGUCACCAAAUUCACAAAGAAGGAACUUCAGUCUUUAUACAGAGGAUUUAAAAAUGAGUGUCCUAGUGGAUUGGUGGAUGAGGAAACCUUCAAGCUGAUCUACUCACAGUUCUUCCCUCAAGGAGAUGCCACCAUGUAUGCUCACUUUCUGUUUAAUGCCUUUGACAUGGACAGAAGUGGUGCCAUCCGGUUUGAGGAUUUCGUGGUUGGAUUGUCUAUACUACUACGGGGGACCAUCCAUGAAAAAUUAAAAUGGGCUUUUAACCUGUAUGACAUAAAUAAAGAUGGAUACAUUACCAAGGAGGAGAUGCUGGCAAUAAUGAAAUCCAUCUAUGACAUGAUGGGACGUUAUACAUACCCCAUGCUUCAAGAUGAUGCCCCCAUCGAGCAUGUGGAGAGGUUCUUCCAGAAGAUGGACCGAAAUCACGAUGGAGUAGUAACCAUUGAUGAAUUUCUGGAGACUUGUCAGAAGGAUGAAAACAUUAUGAGAUCCAUGCAGCUCUUUGAAAAUGUGAUCUAGAAGAUCUUGCAUUCCACCCAUGCCAGCACCAGAACGGACCCAUCUGACAGAGUACGCCCAAGACUGGAUCCCAUCCACCGCCCUUCUUUCUUGUGUCACCAACAGUCCAUGGAUGGUGUAAUCUCUCUCCCAGGGAACGGACAAUCCUACUUACUGCCUGCCUGUUUGCACUGAUCCCUUCCUACUCCUCACCGUAACAAACUCACCUUUCUAAGGACUGUUUUAUAUUAUUACAGAAAAAAAAGCACAUUUAUCUCUGCAAGAGCCAGGAUUCUUAAAUCAGGGAUUUUUACAGAAAGCCGCUCUUGCCUGUAUCAGAUGUGGGACAUGUGAACCAUUCCCCCAACCCCAUCCCCCUACAAAAAAAAUGAAAAGAAGAGAUAUAUUUGAUGGUUUUAAAAAAACAAAACAAUGAAUUAUAUGCAGAUAUCUGCAUCAUGUGCUUCCUGAGAUCCUGCCAAAUCCCUGUCACCUCAGCGCUAUGUUUGCAAAAAUAAAUAGGAUGGCCUCUUCCAUUGCCGAUUGGUGGCACUGUAACCUACCGGCACUAGAAGAGUAGACCUGGUACAGGUACUAUGAGUAUUGUGCUUAUGCCUUCCAUUUCCUUUUCCUUUUUGGUAAAACAAACUACCAUUAUCUGAGUGCAUGUCCUCUACAAGAUCCCAAUCCACGUAUAGAGUAGUACAUCAUUGCUGGAGCUUGUGCUGGCCACACCAGUUGCCAAAAAUAAGCAGAAAUCAUUAUUUUGAAGAGGACCUGUUUUUCCUUACAUGUCUGUUUUAGGCUACGUUAACACUAUGGAUUUUCUGAGCAGAAUGGCGCUCAGAAAUUGUGCUUGGAAAUUCCAGGGUAGUAGCCUCUGAUUGUCUUCAAUGGGAUUCUGCUGCAUCUUGCACACAGCAGAAUUUCCGCAGCUGAAAAUUCCGCCACACAUUCAAAUUAUGGACUGAUAAAUGAUUUUGGCACUGCUUGCAGCUGAUGGAAUCUCUGCCCCAAUUAUCUCUGGGGGUGAUCUCCGUAGUGUAAAUACCUGUAUAACACAUGAAAAAAAAAACAAGCCUGGAACUUUUUUUUCCUUAGAACUCUACAUUGUGUUGUCCCUUUGUAAGGGUAUGUUCACAUGGGUGGAUUACCUGCGAAAUUUCUGCAGUGUAUUUGCUGCAGAAAAUCCGCAGCAGAUUUUGCUACCAUUGACUUCAAUGGGUCAGCAAAAAAUCCACAAUAGAGGCAGAUUUUCUUUCAGACCCACUGGAGUCAGUGGUAGCAAAAUCCGAUGCAGAUUUUCUGCACAAAUACACUGCAGAAAUUCCGCAGGUUAUCCACCAGUGUGAACAUAAUCUUAUAUUUUUCGGAAGAUUAAGGUUCACAAUUCUUGUGAAUUAGGUACAUCCCUACAUAGUCUGAUUAUUGGCAUACACACAGCACUGACUGGACAGUGUCAGAGGGGGUUCACACUAGCCUAAUACGGUCAUAUCACAGUCACAUUACCACCACAAAUGCCGGCCUUAACUGCAAGUCUGAUGACAAACUGACAGCUGUCAAGUCGGGUCAUCGGAUCCAAGGUCAGGACUAGUCUUGUGGUUAUAAUAAGGCCAUAGAAAUAUGUCCUUAUUAGGUUAGUGUGAACCCAACUGUAUAGUACAUUUUUUUCAUCCCUUUUCUCUAUGUACAGUUAUUACAUAUAUAUUGGCCAGUUUCUGGGCCAUUUUUAUGUCUCUCUUUUGCAGAUAUGAAAUUAACCUAAAAAAGUGAAUACUUACCUUAAUGUGAUCCCUGGUGCUCCUGUGCCGAUGCUCUCCUGGUGUUCUUUGGUCUCUAUUUUGCGGCCUUCAGUAAUCCCAUGUCAACACAUGAACAUCGCAGCCUGGGAUUGUCUGUAGCUGUCACAGUAGACAUAACGCAUUAUGGCUGGAGGCAAAAAACAGAGAGAGAUCCAGGAGACAUCGCCAUGAGAAUACAUAUAUAACAUAUAUCCACACCUGAGAGUUCUUCUACAGAUCUACAGGUAAACUGGACCCACAAAACUAGGAUCCGAUUGUGGACUCAUUCUAUCCAAUUGAAAUGGAUGAGGAAAGUCCACAAUCAGUCCAUACACAAUACACAACAGAAAUUGGCAUCCUGCAAAUGUAGAAAUCCACAAGUCAAUGGAGGAAAUGUGUGCGGCGUGUGAGUGAGAUCUGUGAGGAGAUUUGCUGCAUCUGCAAUCUAUGAAUAUGGAAAAUGUGGAGGGUUUCCAGCUCCUGAACGUACUCUAAAUCAGGUUAACAUUUCAUUUUCUUGAGGAACAACAGAGGAACCACACAACACACGCUAAGAAAAGCUAAGGCAACGCUGUCAUUUUUUUGAGGAAUACACAUAUAUAUUAAGACAGACAUGUCAGGAAAGAUGACGGGUCUUCUUUAAGAAAUGGUCUGAGAUGGUGAUACCAACAUGGAAAUAAUUGUUAUGAGAUAAUGGAGGCAAUUGAAGGACCAGCUUCACCCCACAGACCGGAGCAGGGUUUCUUUAGAUAUGUGUUGUAUGUGGCUGAGGAGAGUUUUUACAUUUAUAAACUUCCCGUUCUCCACAAACAUUUCCAUUCUAUUCUUCUCCAGCUCCCUAUUACACUGUAUAGAAAAUGGAUGAAGCAGAGUGAUAAAGGCCGGGGUAGGUUUGUUUAACAGUGCAUUAGGCAGUGUCCAUAUGAUGUACAUUUCAGGGGAGCCCCCAACGUGUAUCUGAUACAGUGGCAUCUAUCAUACAUAGGCUCCUAUAGUAUACUACAGAAUAUACCUUUUUCACAGGAUCCAGUUGAAUGGAAUAGGGUGGCGGUCCACACUACUACAUCCGGUAGAUCCUGCUGCACACGUCCCAUAGAGGCCACAAUGACACACUUUUGGCCUCUGUUGGGUGUAUGGUUGUCUAUGAAUCUGUUUAACAUAUGCUGGAACCUGUCCCGGUGUUGGCAUUAAAUGGAAUAGACUGUAUACUGCUUAACGCAGUCGGAAACCAUUGCCAGCUAUAGAUGCCCAUCUAGAUAGAGACAAAUGGACUUCAAAGGUGCGGUGGGUCUUUUGCGGCGCUGACUCGGAACAGGCACAUCAGGUGAGUAUAAAAGGUUUAUUAAAAUGCAACGCGUUUCCCCGCACAUGUGCGGCUUCAUCAUGCAUGGUAAUCACAGGAAAUCAGAGUGUGUUCACUCCCCAAAAGACAGAAUAGAUACACCCCUGGAAAUCAGAGCAUGUUCACACAUCAAAAAACACAUUUGAUCCUGACAUCUAUUAUGAUAUAGCCAUUCUCUUUAAUGAGUCUGGUAUAUAAAAAAUAGACACACCCUUGGAUAUCAGAGCGUGUUCACACACCAAAAGACAGAAUAGAUAUACCCCUUUAAAAUCAGAGCGUGUUCAGACACCAAAAAACACAUUUGAUACUGACAUCUAUUAUGACAAUAUAUAACCAUUAUCUUUAAUGAGUCCGGUAUAAAAAAUAGAUACACUCCUGGAAAUCAGAGCGUGUUCACACACUAAAAGACUGAAUAGACACACUCCUGGAAAUUAGAGCGUGUUCACACACCAAAAAAAAAAAAAAACAAAUAUUAUGCACAGAUCUGCUUACCUCCCACAGUAAGUUUGCAUGCUAUGCUGAAAGUUGUUAUGAUGUGUAACUUGUAUUUUUUGUAACUUUAUAAUCUUUUAUUCCUGAUACAAAAGUUGUUAAAGAGUCUGUAUAUUAG